GGCCUAAGGUUGGGGGGGGGAUGUGGUUGAGCUGGGCCCCGGGUCCGGCACAGGACUCAUUUGCAUGGCCCUGACGCGCCCCGUGACGCAGCCGUGCCUCCUAUAUAACGAAGCGGGAGCCGAAAUAUCUCUGAGCCCGAGUGGGACGGCUGGCCUUGGAGUUGGUGACAUACUAGGCGGCACCCCUGUGGUCACUCCCCUGCAACUUGGCCCGGCCCCGCUAGCUAGGCUAGUCGCCCCCAGGCUCCGACUCCCAGACCGAGUGCAGCCCCGCCUGAGCCAUGAACACUGACAUGUACCCGACCCCCAUGGAGGUGGCGGUGUAUCAGCUACACAAUUUCAACAUCUCCUUCUUCUCUUCCCUGCUCGGAGGGGAUGUGGUUUCCGUUAAGCUGGACAACAGUGCUUCUGGAGCUAGCGUGGUGGCCCUCGACAACAAGAUUGAGCAGGCCAUGGAUCUAGUGAAGAAUCACCUUAUGUAUGCUGUGAGAGAGGAGGUGGAGAUCCUGAAGGAGCAGAUCCGAGAGCUGGUGGAGAAGAAUUCCCAGCUGGAGCGUGAAAACACCCUGCUGAAGACCUUGGCGAGUCCAGAGCAGCUGGAGAAGUUCCAGUCCCGCCUGAGCCCCGAAGAGCCAGCAGCUCCCAAAGCCCCACAAGCGCCUGAGGCCUCUGGUGGCUCUGCAGUAUAAGUGGCUCUGUCCUUCUGUUGGGCAGAGCCACUAAAUCAGUUCUACCUAGUUCUUUCCAGUUUGUUUUUUGGUUCCUCAAGCGUCAUCUCAUGUGGCGAACUUUUUAUACCUAGCUGGUGCCAAGAGAUGUCCCAAGGACAUUGGCCACCUGGAUCCACUUCAGUGACAGAUCCCUGACCAACAGCAAGUCUCUGGAGGCUGAGUUGCAUGAAACUCAUAAGCCAAGCCAGGGAGCCUCUAAUGCCUCCAUGCCCUGGAUGCUCCCAGGGCCUGGGCAACUUAGAUGCAACUGGCAGAGGAGAAGAGGUAGUGGGAGAAGAGAUGCCAGUUUGCUCUAGAAAGUCUAAGGGGUCUUUUUGAUUUCGGUGGACAUUUUCAACACCACGUAACAACAACUGCUCCUAUGAAGAAGCCACUUGGGUUUUAGGCAGAGGCAACCUCUUUCUUCUCCCCCUGCCUCAUCAAGGCAGCAUUUCAGGUUGGAGAGAUUGAGCCAAGCCAGUUUCUGUUGUUUCCUAGAAUAUACUGCAUGGCUUUGUUCACAGCCCAGUAUGGGAUUACAGCUUUGGGAUGACCGCUUCUGUUUGGUUUAGUGUUGGCAUAAUUUUUCUGUAUAGCCAGACAUGUUUAUUUUACCCAUAGGACUACAUCUGUAUCUUAGUGUAGCGAUGUAUGCAUCCAUACAUACACUUACAUGUCCAAAGGCCUGCCCAGCCUUGGAAGCUGGUUCCUGAUCUCUUAGAGCUCAUUUUGGACUGUGUUCAUUUCCCCAGUUGAUCUACUUUGUCCUUUAGGUUUAAGGGUGAUGUCAGAGUGAAGUUAAGAAUAGGGUAAGCCUCAGCGUAUAGACAUGUAUGCCUUGCCUACUGUCAUCCAUGCUUCCCACCCCCGGAAGAGAUAUGCGGUCCUCUAUGGAAUGCCACAGCCACCAUUCACUGGUGCUGACUACAUAGAAUGGGGUUGAAAGAUCAGCUAGGACUUCAUAGUCAUCUUUGAAACACUUUUUUUGAGGGGUGAGAAUGCCAGUGGAAAGCUUUCAAGUGAAUUGGCUGGCUAAUGUCCCUUUGAGGACAAGGGCUAAAUGGGGAAGUUUCUGACCCAAUAGGGCCUGGGUGUUGUGCUCAGGGAGCUUGUUGGGUAGAGGGAGGGGUUCUGUAGUAGUGAACACUUUCCACUUUCUGACACCUAAUCCUGAUACUUGUGUCCAGGAUUUUGAUUUUGAUUUAUCAGAUGUAGUUGGAAAUUUCAAUAAAACUUUGUUCUUUUUUUUCUAAAAA